AUGAUGCAGCCGGAAUUGCCCUCCCCAUACACCACGAACGAACAGCUGAUACCACCGUUCAACCACGGGCCGAAGGCGUACGUGGACGUGCUGAUCCUUGGCGCCGGCAUUGCCGGGCUGGGUGCCGCCAGGCAGCUGCGCAACUCGGGCAAAAGCUUCGCCAUCCUCGAGGCACAGUCCGUGCCGGGCGGGCGCAUCAGCACGAAGGCGCUGAAAAAGCAUCACACCAGCGGCAAGGGCGGCCACUGUCAGCUGGUGGAAGCGGGCGCCCAGUGGCUGCACGGCCGGCAGAACGAGCUGCACGAGAUGGCGAAGCGCAACGGGCUGCUGCGCGAGGAAACGUCCGAGGAGGGGUUGGGCGAGUUUCUGCGCGACGACGGCUUCCGGAUAGACGACCAGCUGGUGAAGCGGGUCGACUUCAUCGUGGGCCAGAUACUGGAGCAGUGCGAAGAGUUUGCGGCCCGGGCGGCGGGCCCCGAGCGGGACGGCACGGCGGCGUAUCCGGCCUCGCUGGAGGCUUUUCUGCGCGACCAGUUCCGCAAGCGGACGGAGAAGGACUUUAGCGCGGAGCAGAGGGUGCUGGCGCAGCAGCUGCUCGACUGGCACUGCCGGUUUCAGAUCAUCGACAACUCGUGCCUGCACGUGUCGGACAUUUCGGCCAAGCUGUGGGGCAGCUACUCGUUCAAUGGGGAAAGCUGCCAGGCGCACAUCAACAUGCGGUACGGCUUUCAGGCCCUGGUGAGCUGCCUGAUCGAGGAGAUCGGCGCGGAGAAGAUCGUGUACAACAAGGCGAUCUGCGAGAUACGCUGGCUGGACGGGCGGGGCAAGGUGAUCGUCAAGUGUACGGAUGGGACGAUCUACUGCUGCCAGCACCUGAUCGUGACGUUCUCGCUGGGCGUGCUGAAGGACACGAUGGACCAACUGUUUCAGCCGAACCUGCCGGCCAGCUACAGCCGAUCGAUACGGAGCAUCGGGUACGGGACGAUCGACAAAAUCUUCCUCCAGUUCGAGGAACCGUGGUGGGGCAAAGCGGAAGGCAUUCAGCUGGUGUGGCGGGACGAGCUGCGCAAGGAUUCGCACUGGACGCGGUUCAUCUCGGGGUUCGAUGUGCUCAGCCCGGGCCCGCCCAAUACGCUGCUGGGCUGGAUCGGCAGCUACGGCGCGCUCGAGAUGGAGGCACUGAACGACGAGCAGAUCGUGAGCGAUUGUGUGUUCAUUUUGGAGAAGUUUACCAAGAAGAAAGUACCUAAACCUGUCAAUUAUUACUGCACUAGAUGGAAUUCCAACCGCUACAUCCGUGGGUCGUACAGCUACACCUCGGUCAACUGUGACCACGAGCAGAACUUUAUGUCUAACCUGACGGAAACGCUCGUAUGCAAUCAGUACGACAAGUUGGGAGAGGAAUCGCGCAAAAAGACCCAGUGCCAGCCACAGUCCACGCCAACACGCGCUGGAAGCACGGGCACGUCGACGAGCACCACAAGUGGCCACAGCACGAGCAGCAGCAACAGCAGCAACACACUGACCAACGUCCAGCCAAGCUCAACGCAACGGGGCAGCAACACACCGACCAAGGUAACGACGGUUCAGAUGGCAGCCGAUUCUCUAGCAACCACUGCGUCGAACAGCUCGCCUUCGGCCCCGGCCGGUACGCCAGCGAAAACGAAACCGCCGGUCGCGGGAAGCGCCAACGUGAGUGUAAAGCCGAGUGCAACCAUACAUUUCGCCGGGGAAGCUUGCCACGAACGCUACUUCUCGACCGUUCACGGCGCGUACCUGUCGGGGAUGGAGCAGGCCAAGAAGAUACUGUUGCUUGACCAGCAACAGUAG